AUACACCCAGAACCAAAGAGAGAGAGGGAACAGUGAUUUAGUGAGAGAAAGAGAGUUUCUUGUGAUUGUUUAAGGGAGGGAGGGAGAGGGAUGGAGAAGAGUAGUGAUGGGUUUGUGAGGGCAGAUCAGAUUGAUCUGAAGAGCUUGGAUGAGCAACUAGAGAGACACCUACACAGAGCAUGGACUAUGGAAAAGAACAGGAAACAACAAGACUCUGACUUUGCCACCACCGCCACCGCCACCGCCACCGUCAACUACACCACCACCACAACCACCAGGCAGAGACAUGAGUGGGAGAUCGACCCUUCCAAGCUCAUCAUCAAGGGUGUCCUUGCUCGUGGCACUUUCGGCACCGUCCACCGUGGCAUCUAUGACGGCCAAGAUGUCGCCGUUAAACUGCUGGACUGGGGUGAAGAAGGCCACAGGACAGAAACUGAAAUAGCAUCACUGAGGGCUGCUUUCACACAAGAAGUUGUUGUGUGGCAUAAACUUGACCAUCCUAAUGUAACCAAGUUCAUAGGGGCAACGAUGGGCUCUUCAGAGCUAAACAUACAAACAGAAAAUGGUCACAUUGGCAUGCCAAGUAAUAUCUGUUGUGUUGUAGUGGAGUAUCUCCCUGGAGGUGCAUUAAAAUCUUACCUCAUAAAGAACAGGAGAAGAAAGCUGGCUUUCAAAGUUGUUGUCCAGAUGGCACUUGAUCUUGCAAGAGGGUUAAGUUACCUCCACUCUCAAAAAAUUGUACACAGAGAUGUAAAGACCGAAAAUAUGCUGUUAGACAAGACACGCACCGUAAAAAUAGCUGAUUUUGGGGUUGCUCGUGUUGAGGCCGCUAAUCCAAAUGACAUGACCGGGGAGACUGGGACCCUUGGCUACAUGGCUCCUGAGGUUCUCAAUGGCAACCCAUACAAUAGAAAAUGUGAUGUGUACAGUUUUGGCAUCUGCUUAUGGGAGAUAUAUUGCUGUGACAUGCCAUAUCCUGACCUUAGUUUUUCAGAAGUGACAUCAGCUGUAGUUCGUCAGAAUCUGAGGCCAGAGAUACCAAGGUGUUGCCCAAGUUCUCUGGCAAAUGUGAUGAAGCGCUGCUGGGAUGCUAACCCCGACAAGCGGCCUGAGAUGGAUGAGGUAGUUUCCAUGUUAGAGGCGAUCGACACAACAAGAGGUGGAGGUAUGAUCCCUAUUGACCAGGCUCAAGGUUGUCUCUGCUUCCACAAGUAUCGAGGGCCUUGAAACUUCUACUUUGAGCAGAUAUACAACUAGGGUAUUUUUACUUCAACAUUCAAAGGAUCAAAUUUGUACUCUUGAAGAAACAGAGAAUCGAUAUUCUCGAGUGGACAAGAUUGGCCUGGUGGCGGGUGGGUAUAGGUGGUGGGGCUACGCUAUAUUUUUCUUCGGUUGGUUGAUGUAAAGGUUUUUCUUUUUUCUCUUUUCUUCUUCAAUUUUUUUUUUCCUAUUGGUGGGAUUUUCUAUAUAUGUCUAUGGGGUUGACUUGCCAGUCUGGUGGCCUUUAUAUACUAAUAAUAGUCAUUAUUAUUACGGUUCAUAUGGUUUGUGCAGCUAAAUAGUAUGAGUAGAUGGGUGCUAUCUCUAAUACCAUCUGAUUGUGAAACCCCAUUGGUUGUACUUGUUACUUUUUUGUAUGUCAUAUUCAGAAGUCAUUUCUGGUGGAGAUGGCUUUGAACUGAUAGCUUUAGUGGUG